UUUCUUGGUUGGCUUGCUUUUUUUGCCGAAAAAUUGAGAAAUUUGCAAAUUGGAAAUUUCUCACAAUCAGUGUCUUUUUGUAUAAUUCGGUUUCCAUACCUAAAUGUUUUAGUUUUUUUUUGUUAGCGUACAAUGUAAGUAGCUGCACCUGAAAAGUGUACAUAAUCAAAAUCAUAGAAUCCGUGUAUCAACAUGACUUCACCACGUAUAGGACCCAGUCCAAAUUUAAUUCAGAAUAUCAAUUAUACAGGAAGUGAAACUGAAUUUUCCACUGAAGUAAAGGGACAAACUGUAAUAGUUCAUAGUAGUCAAGGAAUUCAUAACCACGGAAGUUCAAAAGUGAAGUUGAGCGAUCGUAUUGAUUAUAACUGGGAAUUUCGUUAUUACUACGGGCAUCUUGUUGCUGCUCAUAUUAAUGGAAAAGUUAUCGCAUUUGGAAUGAAAGGCAAGGAUGGAGGAAUGGUGAGAGUGACGAAUCAAGAAACAAAUAACAGAACAUUAAUAAAGAAUUUAAAGGAAGAUAUUAAAGAUGUCUCUUUUGCAUAUUCAAGAGAGGACAUCGUGCUUGGCUGUGUUGACAGUGAGGGGAACAUUUUGAUAUAUCAGAUAGAUGACAUGCCACAUUCUAUAUCUUAUACACUACUUCUACAUAUUUAUCACCAUGGCAAUAAACCCAAGACUAAUUUUAGGCUUAUAUGGUGUCCGUAUCUGCCUAGUUUCGACGAUGACGAUGCUAGUGAUGAUCCUGCUGAAAUGUUUGUAGUUUUAAGUGGAAAUAGAGCGGAAGUAUUCAAUGUGUCCCUUGUAACGAGUAAGCAUGGGAAGGGCCCCGUAGACCCCGACGAUUCUUAUGAAGGUUAUAUAGAACUGAAUCAUACUGCAGAAUUAGUAGAUGCGUCAUUCUCGUCGGACGGCAAUGCUAUCGCUAUUGCUUCGUCUGAUGGAUGCGUGAAGUUCUUUCAGCUGUAUAUGGGAGACAAGGAGAAGAAGAAAUUCCUACAUUCUUGGCAACCGCAUAAUGGGGAUCCCCUGUCUUCCAUUAUAUUUAUCGAUAAUGUGUUGGAGUACAGCUCAGAGUGUUGGAAAUUUAUGAUUACGGGUGCCAAUAACAACUCGGAAAUAAAAUUGUGGUCUUGUGAAAGUUGGGCCUGUUUGCAGACAAUCCAUUUUAAAGUUAACCCGACCACCCCUAUCACCAGCCUGUUUAUGAACAUAGCCAUUGAUUUUUCUGGGCAAUAUCUUGUGAUAUCCGAUAUAAAUAACAGAGUUUUAUAUGUAAUGCAAUUGAAACGAAACGAUAAAGAACAAGUGGUGCAGGUAAUAUCGCUAGCUCAAUUCUUGUUACCUGCACCUUUCCUUAGUUUUCACAUAUUAGAAGCCUCGAAUCGUAAAAUUCCGUACUCAUACAAUAAUAGCAAUGAGGAUUUGUACGAUGAUCACGACGACUAUGAUGAAGACUCGGAAAUAACUAUUAUUUGCUUGAAAAUGCUUGUAAUUCAGCCAAAGAAAUUCCAAGAAUGCAAUAUCACGUUUCAACCGGAUGCACUGUUUUACAAUACCCUGAAUUUAUCUAUUAAAGAAAACCUGUGCGAAAUAGAAGAAACAGAUAAAGUUCCUAAAUUAGAUGACUUGCAGAAUUCUGUAACGUUAUUGAUACAACAGCAAAGUAACAAAUCUAACCUCACGUUAAUGACGCCCGACGAUUUUACUUCUCCUGAUGACAAUUCCCGUCCCAACAGUGUAAAGAAUUCAUUGUUGAAUGAAGACGAGCCUUCAGUCGAUCAAUCCGUGGAAAAGUUAACGGAGAAUGUGGUGGACAAUUUGAUUGAUUUCCAAAGACCGCAGAAAGAUAACUUUGCUAGUGGCGGUUCGAGUCCAAGUCGAGAAGUACAAGAAAUUUUAUCCCUCAAUAAUUCAAACUAUAGCAAUCAAGAUUACUUCGACAGCCUUACAAAAUUGCAAGACGAACAAGAAGAGCCCCAGAAAGACUAUAACAAUCAAAGUGAAAAUCUAAUGUAUCAGGAUAACAUCGGUUCCGAAAUGGUGUGGCCUAAAAUACCCGUCGUUAAGGAGACUCAGAUUAUUAACGAUGAAACCUUACGAAAGGAAUUAGGUUUGAGCAGUGCUGAGAAUAUGUCACAAUUACAAGCGAUCAAUUAUAGAAUAAGCAGUCUGGAAAGCAUAAUACGGGAACAGAAUAUACUCAUCCAGAAACUUCACCAGGACCGUAUCGAUAAAGACGAGCUUAUUAAAGAAUUAGAUUGUUCGUUGUCCAAACACCAUUUACAGGUGGCAAAAUUGCUGGAGAACCUCAUCAAUAAGCAAAAGACUAAAGACAGGGAGUUACAGGAACAAAUUAUUUCGACCGUGAAUCAAUUGAUUACAAAAUCAUUGUCGGAAAACGUUCAACAAAUCGUGACCCAGGAAAUGAAACUGAUCUCACCUGCCAUUCACAGCUUAAUAGAUUCCUACAGACAUCAAGUAGAUACACAGUACUCACAGAAGUUAGCAGUUACUGAUAUGAUGCUUAAAGACAAUAUUUCCAAAGCUUUCAAUAGCAAGGCUCUAGCGGAUACUCUUAGCCAUUCAGUGGUUAACAUAGUAGCUCCAAGUUUGGAAAAAUGCUACCGUGACAUAAUUUCCUCGUCUUUAAUACCGUCAUGGGAAAGAGUAUGUGGGCAAAUGUUCCAGCAAAUUAACGAAACCUUUACAAAAGGAACAAAAGAAUAUACUGCUUCGGUUGAGAAUUAUAUGGACAGGCAAAGAAGAGUUCAGGAGAAGGGUAAGGAUCUCAUCGCCCAAAUCCAGUCUGUCUCAGAGAACAUGAAAUCUAACGCGGAUAAAUUAUCAACGACUCUUACUUCCGAAAUUCAGAAACAGUUCAAUUCCAUCUUUAAGAGCAUGCAAGACAAAUUAACUAACAGUAUCAAGGAGGUAGUGGCGGAUCAGGUAAAACAAGGCUUCAAAAGUCAUGCUGCCGUUAUCGAGGACAGUGUUAUAAACGCCGUUCGUUCCAGAGCAGUAACACCGUCGCCUCACAUCGAUUCACAUGUAGCAACACUUACGCAAAUUCAACAAAACUUAUCGAGGGGCAAUUUCGAUGACGCCUUCCAGUUAGCUCUUAGCGCAGAAAACUUGAGCUAUGUCAUUUAUGUUUGUGAACGGGUUGACAUUUCCACAUUGUUCGGCGAGGAGUGUCUGCUUCAACAAAACUGUCUGCUGGCUUUGAUCCAACAACUAAGCAUCGAGCUACACAAAAAUACAGAAUUAAAGUUGAGUUUUAUUCGAGCAGCAUUUCUAGCAUUAUCCCCAGAAUACCACAACACAAAAUCUUUUAUUCCAAAAGUCCUGAAAGACGUUAUUAAACAGUUAAAUAUUUUUAUCCAGACCAGCCCACCGAUAAAACAGUUAACAGAUGCAAGGCUGCUUAAGAUGGCCAUCGAAAGCACAUUUAUAUAAGGUAAAAGAAAUUUAUUUGAAGUAUACAUUACUUGUUGUUUUUGUUAAUAGUAUUGACUUAGCUUAUGUUACAAAAAUAUUAUUUUAUUUUUAUAUUUGUCAACUUACCUGUAAUAUAUCGACUUAUUUUAAAUUUUUUACAUUGAUGACAUGAUCGUGUUGUUAAGACUGGUAUAUAUCAGCUGUUCCUUUUUAUUAUUAUUUUUUUUUAAAU